AUGAAAGUUUUCUUGACUAGUAUUUCGCAUGUGCUGAAUAAGAAGAAGUGCCCUAUUUUUAGCAUAGACAUAAGACCAAAUAGUGAUGGGUCUUUGGCUACAGGGGGACAAGAUGGUUCUGUGAAGAUUUGGAAAAUAACGCAAGAAGAAAGCCAUGAAGAAGGAUCUUUUGUUAAACACGGAGGUGCAGUUCUGUGUGUUAGAUUCUCACCAGAUGGAAAUCUACUGGCAAGUGCAUCAGAUGAUGGGAGUGUAAUUAUAUGGGGUCUAAUGGAAAAAGAAGGCAGUACUGCUUUGUACAUAAAGAAGAGACUGAAUAACCAUAAGUCUGACGUGUCUAGUUUGGCGUGGUCUAAUAAGCACUUAGUGACAGGUGGAUAUGAUGGGUCAGUGAUAAUUUAUGAUAGAACUACGUAUAAUAUUGUAACCCGCCUGGAGAAGCACGAGAAGGGCUGCAAGGGCGUUGAAUUUAGUCCUGGCGCAGAAUACAUUUCCACAUACGGUGAUGAAGGAGAGGUGUUUAUAUACGAUAAAUCAUGGAAGAAAGUGUCUUCUUCCAAGAAGCCCUUUAAAGGGACGCAGACUGAGUCAUUCUUUGGGAGAAUGAGCUGGAGUCCAGAUGGAAAGUACGUUGCCUGCGGGCUAUCAUUCUUUGAAAAACAAGAUGCUGUCUCUUUACUGUCUGCUGCACUAGCACGCGCAUAUACUUUAAUUGGGCACACGGCCCCUGUGGAAACAGUUGCCUUCAAUCCUUGGCUCUGGCAGGUGGAUGAGACUGUUUCUUACGUAAUUGCGACUGGCUCACAGGACAGAAGUAUUGCUAUUUGGGUGUCAUCUGCUGCUAAGCCACUCAUCUUGCUGACUGAAGUAUCUGAGCAGCCUAUCUUAGACCUAAGGUGGUCGUCUGAUGGAAGGUCUUUAUAUGGGUGCUCUUAUGAUGGCUCUGUUUUUGUGCUGUCAUUCGGGAGUGACCUAGGGAGCCAGGUGGCACCCACUGUGGAAAGGACUAAGUCCCUGCCUUACACCAAGGAAUUCUUGCAGGAGCCAAGUAAGUUCCCGUCUCCUGAUGGCUUCCCUGCGAAGGAGAAUAAAGUAGUAGUAGAGCAAGAAAAAAGAAAAAUAGUACCUCGUCUUAUUAAACCAUUAGAUGGGCCAGAUGAAUUUGGGGCAGUGCAUGGCCACAAAGUGGUUCUCUUUAUGGAGACAAAGAAGGAGGAAGCAGUCACCCAAGAUACUCCCGUGGCAAGAAUCGAAACUGAAACAAAAACAGGCAGGUACGAAAUAACUGCAAAAUCAGACAGGACAACAGUAAUUAUAAGGAAAGACAGUAGAGAGUGGUUUACACUUGAGGGCCACAAGAUAUCCGGAAUAGCCGCAGAUAUGUCUAUUCUUGUGGUAGCCCGGGAAGGGAUAAAUAAGCAGAUGUCUAUUGUCUGGGUUUAUGACCUGCAGAAGGGAGUGCUUCUGGUGCCUGCCAUGUGCUUCUCUGAAGUUGUGUCUUUGGGGGUUAAAAAUGGCUUAGUUCUUGUUGUCUCCUUUGGGUCCUUUAAGGUGAUAGAUUUGUCUACAGGGAGUGCCUUGGAUGGCUCUAUCUUGAUGCACUCUGCUGUGGUGAAUGUUCUUCUGGAUGAAACGUACUUUCUUGUGGUUCUGUAUGAGGAUGGGGGUGUGUACUAUUAUAACCGGGAUAUGCAUGUCUGGUGUGCACUGGAAUUAAACUGUGCAUCUGCUUAUUCUAAUGCGUACCAGGAUGAAACCUAUAAGACAGACAGUACUUUUGAUCACCUGGAGAAUAAGUGCGUUGUGGGUGUGCAUAGAGGUGAUGGUGCACUUGCUAGUACUGCUAUUAAGCAGAUUAUUGAAACAGCUGGCAGGGCAGUACCUUGUACGCCUGGGAUAAUUAACAGGGUAGACGGAAUAAUAGAGGAAGUAUUAGGAAGGUGCCAGGAUAGUGCGGUAGAUGGGAUAGAUCCUGAGUAUAUAGCAUCCUUAUUGGUGGAGCAUGCAGAUACGAAUGAAUUCCAGGAAUAUGCGCACAGAAAGGUGCAGGAGUUGAAGGAAAGGAAGCUUAAAUAG